UGGGGGUGGGGGUCCUGCCUGCCGGGGGAGCCGGGGCGGCCCCUUGUCCGGCCACCCCCACUGCCCAGUCCCGCUCCCGGCCGCGGCGGCCGCAGCAGUAGCGGCUCCAGGAUGGUGAGCGCCGCUGCCCUCCAGACCCGGCCUGUCGCCCCCGGCCCGCGCCCCGGUCCCGGGGCCGGACGCCCCCUCAGGCCGCGCACACUCACCUAGGACCCGGCCGGGAUGCCGAGCUCUGUCGAAGAUGCACUGGACACCGGAACACGCCCAGCCCCUCAACCAGUGGCCAGAGCAGCACCUGGACGUCUCCUCGACCACACCAUCGCCAGCCCACAAGUUGGAGCUGCCUCCUGGGGGUCGCCAGCGCUGCCAUUAUGCUUGGGCACACGACGACAUCUCUGCCCUUACUGCCUCCAACCUCCUCAAGCGCUACGCGGAGAAAUACUCAGGGGUCCUGGACUCGCCCUACGAGCGCCCCACCCUGGGCGGCUACGGCGACGCCGCCUUCCUCAACGGCGCCAAGGGGGAUCCGGAGCCUUGGCCAGGGCCAGAGCCACAUUACCCCUUGACGUCACUCCACGAAGGCCUCCCGGGAACCAAGUCAGGCAGUGGGGGCGGCUCCGGGGGCCUCGGCGGCUCCCCGGUUUUAGCCGGGAACCUUCCUGAACCCCUCUACGCCGGCAAUGCGUGCGGGGCCCCGCCCUCGGCGCCUGAGUACGCGGCAGGCUACGGCGGGGGGUACCUGGCCCCCGGCUACUGCGCGCAGACCGGAACCGCAAUGCCCCCGCCGCCCCCGGCCGCACUGUUGCAGCCCCCGCCUCCGCCCGGCUACGGCCCCUCCGGCCCUCUGUACAACUACCCCGCGGGGGGCUACGCCGCGCAGCCGGGCUACGGGGCUCUACCACCGCCCCCGGCCCCGCCUCCGACCCCCUACCUGCCCUCCGGCCUGGCGGCGCCCACGCCCCUACCGGCGCCCGCCCCGUCCCGGCCUGCGCCCACCUCCUACAGCUUCCAGGCGGCUGCUCCGGGUGCGGAGGCUGGGGUGUCGCUGAAGCGCAAGGCCGCUGACGAGGGCGCAGAGGGCCGCUACCGCAAGUACGUCUACGAGCCGACCAAGGCCCCGGCAGCCGACGGCGCCUCCUACCCCGCGGCGGACAACGGCGAGUGUCGAGGCAAUGGGUUCCGGGCGAAGCCGCGGGGAGCCGCGGAGGAGGCACCGGGCAAGUACGCUGACGGCGUCUCUCUCAAGGUCCUGGGCUUCCCGGUCUACGGCCCGCAACUCGAGCCCUUUGAAAAGUUCGCAGAGCGCGCCCCGGCGCCGGCUCCCCGCGGGAGCUUUGCCUUGCCGUCGGAGGAGCCUCCCAAAGGAGUGGACCCGGGGGCCCUGGAGCUGGUGACGAGCAAGGUGCUGGACUGCGGGCCCCCGGUGCAGUGGGCAGACGUGGCGGGGCAGGGCCCGCUCAAGGCGGCUCUGGAGGAGGAGCUGGUGUGGCCCCUGCUGAGGCCGCCCGCCUACCCCGGCAGCCCGCGCCCGCCACGGACAGUGCUCCUCUUUGGGCCACGGGGCGCCGGGAAGGCGCUGCUGGGACGCUGCCUGGCCACGCAGUUGGGCGCCACUCUGCUGCGCCUGCGCGGGGCCACGCUGGCCGCGCCCGGCGCCGCCGAGGGCGCGCGCCUGCUUCAGGCGGCUUUCGCGGCCGCGCGCUGUCGCCCACCCGCCGUGCUCCUCAUCAGUGAGCUGGACGCGUUGCUACCGACUCGGGAAGACGGCGCCGCCGCCACUGGCGCGCUGCAGGCGCCGCUCCUGGCCUGCCUGGACGGCGGCUGCGGCGCGGGGUCCGACGGCGUGCUGGUCGUGGGCACCACCUCGCGGCCCGCGGCUCUGGACGAGGCCACCCGCCGGCGGUUUGCUCUCCGGUUUUACGUGGCGCUGCCGGACAGUGCGGCCCGCGGACAGAUCCUGCAGCGGGUGCUGGCCCAGCAGGGCUGCGUGCUGAGCGAGCAGGAGCUGGCGGCCCUGGUGCAGGGCACCCAGGGCUUCUCCGGGGGCGAGCUGGGGCAGCUGUGCCAGCAAGCAGCGGCCGGGGCGGGGCUCCCGGGGCUGCAGCGCCCCCUUUCCUACAAGGACUUGGAGGCGGCACUGGCCAAGGUGGGCCCCCGGGUCUCUCCUAAGGAUCUGGACUCGUACGUGGAGUGGGACAAGAUGUACGGCUUCGGACACUGACAGCGCGCGGGCGAGACCGCGGGAGCCGCCGCCCCUCCCUCCCCGGCCCAGGGAGGGAUGUCUUUAACCCACCGGGCUGGGGAGGGUGCCAAGUGAUGAAUGUGGGAGGGAAAAGGGAGGGUGUUGUUGGUGGAAUUUUUUUGGGGGGGGUGUCAGGAAAAUGCCUCUGCUAGGCAGAUAGAUGCCAUAUGCGCUGUGUACUCAGGUUUUUUUCUAUUUAUUGUGGACGGGAAGCUGCCAUCUCCGCUCCUCCGACGGGCACCCAGGGAUGGUCCUACACUCGGGACCUAAGGAACUCCUGCUCUCUCGCCACAAUCCUUUUGUCUCCUCGCUAUCUUAAUGGCUCCCUCCCCCCAUUCUCCCCUCUUUGCAUUCGCCUAGUUUCCUCUCCUGGUCGCUUUGUCACUGCCCCACCCCCCAUCCUGGCCCUGUUUCUCCUUUGCUUAUCUCUCCCCUAUCUCCAUCUUUCACACUCUGCGUCUGUCUCCGUCCCUUGCUCCCUAGCCUCCGUAUCUCCCUGCCCUCUGUCCCUCUCAUUCAAAGAGUGCAGUAUCCUUUUGCGGGAGAUCUGGAAGUCCAGAGGAUAAGGAGGAGAGGUACGGAGUUCCCUCCCACCCCAUUUCCUCUCACCCAGCUGAAACCUUGGGGGCGGGGUGGAAAUUAAGCAAAAAACACCCAAAGAAGGGUUUUUGUUGUUGUUUGCUUUUGAGGGCGGAAAUACCAGAAAUGUAGCUUGUUUAAUAUUUAGGCUUCUUAUUUUUGUAAGAUAUGUAGAAUUUGCUGUUUUUCUUUUUAUUUUGACAACUCAGGAAGAAAUUGCCCUCAGAAGGAAUGUUAGGCUUCGGCUACUCUCCUGUGUGUGCCCCACCCCCCCAGGGGAGCAAAUUCUCCUGGAAGACUCAGAAAAUGAGACUUGUCGGGAAGCGGAGGGGGAGGGUCCAGAACCACACGCAGACCCCUGCUUUUCCUGGGAUAGAAGCGGAAUGUAUUUGCUGGGCUUCCUCCCCAGCCUGAGGUUGCAGGCAGGGGUGUGGGGGAGUGGGUUAGGGGAUUUGAGAGCAGGCAGGUCUUGCUACCUUUCUGCUGCUCUCCCAACGGGGGCUGCUCUCAGCUUAGUAUUUUCUGUGAAGGGUUAGCCAGACUUGGGAUGCCCUUGCCCACUUCGUGCCCCAGACCCAGCAAGCAGCCUGAGAAGCCUCAAAUGGGAAGGUGACUUAGGCGGGAAGUCCCCCAGGGAGGUCAUCUCACUGGCCAUUGCCCUGGCAGAGGUCUCCUGUAACAUUGGCAAAGUUUCCCUCUGGAGGGAAGACUGGUUGGGUCCAACACUGACUACACACUCGUUCUUCCCUGGCUGGGAAGAGGCUCUGGGUGGGGUGAGUAUCGGACGCAGCAGAGGUUCUGUGGAGAAGCGCUCCUCCUGCAUUUUCCUAGGGUCCAAAGUCUUGAGGACAUGGGAGUGUGAGAGGGGGAAGGAGAUGGGCAGGCUGUUUUUCCCUGACAUUGGGAAUUUGGCCUCAGUCCUACCCACACCAGCCACCAGACGCCCAGGCCUGGUGGGCUUUCUUCUGAGAACCAUCAUCCUCCCCUCCCCACCAGCCUCCCUCCAUGGGGCUUCAGCAGAUUGCCCCCUCCCCUUCAGGAGGCCCAUUUCACAGCUCUGACCUUUGCUCCAAAGUUGGGGGGAACGUGCCCUCACCCCUACCUCUUUUCUCUCCCACCGUAGCCUCCCUUCCUGUUCCUUGCCUGCCCUUACAGCUGCUACAGCCUCUGUGCCACCUCCCACUCCCAGGUGGAAGGGUGUCUAGGGGAAACAUUUCAGGUGCUAAGGUGCUGAGGGCCUGUGCUGGCAGCGUGGACAGGAAAGCUGCUCCGUGUGUGUCCGCUGUUCACCCUUGGUCUCUCUGGCCCCCCUCGGAGCUGGCUGCUCGCGGGACUUCGGUGCCUCAGAAACAGUGGGGUGGGCUGCAGGGUCUUGGCCGUGAAAGGACCUUAGAGGGAGUGAGGAGCGAGGUGGUUCUCUCAGGUGUGUGUAUGUGUGUGUGGGGGUGGGGUGGGGAGGGCGUUGGGGAAGUGGGGUUGGGAUCCCUUCCCUUCAAGAGGCAGGCAGCUCUGGGGGUGGUGGGGGGGCUCACUGAUAGUGACCCAGGGCCCCCACCACCUCCUCUACUGGCCUUGGGGAACUUUGCACAAGAAGACAUCCCCCAGUCUACUAGCACCUACCUCGUGGGCACUGGGGUGGGUGGGGGAAGGGCAGGUCCAGCUCUGGUGAUGUUGGGGGGGCAUACCAAAGAAUCCAGGGGCAGGGGUUGGGGGAGGGCAGACUCAGCAAGCUGGCCCUCUCAUUCCUCUACCCAGAUUGGGGUUGGGGUCCUCUCAACCGGCUGUAACCAUUUCUACCUCAUUUUGCUGCGUGUUGUACGUGGACAUAUUUAUCUCCUGUCUGAUGAUGCUCUGCAGUUACGCUCUGUCUACCUCAGAAGAGACUGUAUUUUAAAAGAAAGUAUCACACAGUAUUAAAGCAACAACAUGUGG